AUGGCCAAAAACCUCGAUGACGAUGAAUAUGUUGCAGAGCUACUGAAGCAAGACGCGAAGAACGCGAAGAAGAAAUAUGAGCUUGUCGGCAUCGAUGCCUUCAACCCGAGGAGAGCGAAUUCCGGUGCCCCGAAGCCGAACAAGAGCUUUUUGAGAAACAUUAUUCGUCAGACAGACCGUCAUAAUGCCGCCUUACUUGCAAAGGAGGCAGAAGAGUCUCGUGCGCGAUUGAGGACGAUGAACCGCGAACGAAAUAGAGCAGAGACACGUGAUGAAGAAGAGCGAAAAAGAAGGGCCAGUGGGAGGCUGACUCCAGUGGAAGGGGACGAUGAGCCAUCAAGAGCACGUUCAAAGAGACGGCGUGACUAUAGUGACGAUGAAGAUGGCUACAGAAGACGGCGAAGAAGCAGGGAGCAGGAGGCGUCUGGGAAAUCAUCAUCUGGCCGACAUCGGGACAGAAGCCGAGACAGGAGGCGCCAUAAGCGGAGAUACGACAGUGAAGCCGAGGACUAUUCUCGGGGCAAACGUAAACGAUCAAGAUCGCCCUACGACCGGUCCCAUGGGCACAAAGGAAGCGACACUGAUGGCCAUCAAAGGUCGCGCAGAAGAGACCACGGAGAUCGCAGACACAGAAGUCGUAGAUCAUACUCGCAUACAACCUCGCUAUCCCGCUCGCCACCACCGCACUCUGAUAGACACGAACAUCGGCGCAGGCACAAAAGGCAUGAUUCCAGGGAUUUGGGGAAAAGCCCACAACGUAAACCUAGCAAAUACGAAGAUGGUGCAGGUUCUAAACGACGCGCCGCUUCUCCAGCAUCCGAUUCUGACCCUCUCGAAGCCAUUGUUGGUCCGCUCCCGCCACCUCCUGAACCUACGGUCCGCUCCAAAGGCCGCGGUGCUUUCAAACCAAAUUCCAUGGGCAUUGAGUCACGUUUCUCAUCUACUUACGAUCCUACCAUCGAUGUCCGUGCAGGCUCUGACAAUGAAGACGACUGGGGCGACGCCCUGGAGGCGAUGCGUGACCGCGCGCGUUGGAGGCAACAGGGCGCUGAGCGUCUCAGGUCCGCAGGAUUUACCCAUGAGCAAGUGCGGAAAUGGGAGAAAGGCGAGGAACAAACCGAGGAGGAUGUGGUUUGGAAGGGCAAGGGAGAAGCUAGGGAAUGGGAUCGAGGCAAGGUUUUGGAUGACUAUGGAGGUGUGGAGUUGAAGGCUGAUUUUGGACGAUUGAAGUAACCAGUGACGGUAUUGCUACAUAGUUCCUAGUCACCCUUUUACCGAGCUUAUUGUCUCCGUUUCGGAUUGCAGGAAGGGCAAGUUGGGGAGCAGACACACAAACGACAGUCAAUAGAUAAUACGC